AUGAACUUGCCCAGGCAAGGAGCAUCGAGGAACGACGACAAGGGGAAGACAGUGCCACGGCCGUCGAACACCGAUAACGAUGUCUCACUGGCCCCGCACAACUGGCCCGAUAUGUUCCCCCUACCGGUCAACACGCAGCCAUGGAGGGCGACCGAGUGGUACAACUUUGUACCCCGGUACGUCCGCAACUCGCAGCGACUCAUUGACGCAGCCCACGGGGGCGACGAUGGUGCACGCACCUGGGUGACUGACCUCAUCCGGCAGAUGCAGCAAGACGGACACUUGACCGCAUCCCACGGCAUGAUGAACUUGCUCAUUUCGUGGAUGACCAACCCCACCAGCUCAUCAAUGUUUGAUGAGUGGGUGGCGUGGUACGCACAGAACCCAAGCCAGGUUCACUGGGCCGUCAGGCACUUGAACGAUAACUGCUUGGAGGCCCCAUUACACCAGGACCUGGAGGCAAUGUGGCUUGCACACUGCAUGGCCCCCAUCAUCCCACCCGAUGUACCCGCAACAGCCCACAAUAUGUUCAUCGAGCACACUGCGGAGCUUUUCUCCAUCCCCGGACUGUACGCGUGGAUCAUACAGGUCGGACAUUACCCCGUGGCAAACAACAACGAGCCAGCCCCAUUUCCCCGCUCAUUCGCACAAAACUCGUCCAUAUAUGAUGUCGUGCGAUGGUAUGCUGCCUGCGAAUUCCAUCCCAUGUGGAUUGGAUUCCUCGAGGAGUUCCACUGUCGACAUCACAACUACAUCCUCAGACGGGUUCUCGAAGAUGUGACCCUGUUCGAGGGACACUUCCCAGUGGACCUUCGUGAUGGAUGCACUCGACCGCCGUCAGACCCUGAACCACCCACACCUGGUGCUGGCAACGCUCCUGCUGGCAGCAGUCAGCUGGGUCCCAACCCCGGAGUGACCCCCGAGGCUGGUGACCCUGACCACGACAUGGGCGGCCACUAG